AUGACACCCGGCACCGUCCGGGCUCUGUCACUAGCGCAAAGGACACUGCCCGAAGAAUACUCGAAGCUUCAGAGACCGUCGGAGCCUGCGCUCGCCGAGCCUAAGCCCGGAAACCCCGUCUCGCACAGCCAACUGAUCGACCUCUCGAAGCUCUUGAAGCAGCUGUCCACGAAGUCGGGCAGUAAAUCAAGCCUAGCACGCAACGAACAUGAAGCCGUCGACCCGACUUCCACACUCGGAGCGCUCGAAACACCCCCGACUCUCAACGCCCUCCUCCGCAACACCACCAUCUACGCCCCCCCUCCCCCGCCCAAGCCGCAGCAAACCGCCGAGUACCAGGCGCUCAUGGCGCGCCUGCGCGCCGAAGAAGAAGCCCGCAGCUACGAGCGCAUGCUGCACCCACCGCCCACACGCGAGACCUUCGCGCAACGCUUCCCCGGCACCCGGCACCGCAUGCCCGAGCACUUCAGCAUCGGGGUGGACGAAGUGGACGACGUGUCCUACGAGGAAGUGCACCGGCAGAUCAUCCUGAUCAUCAACGUGCUGAUAUCGAUCGUCUGCGUGGCGGUCUUUGUGUGGGUGGCUGCGCGACACUGGUCGGUUGGCAAGAGGCUCGGGCUGUCUAUGGGCAGUUCGCUUGCUGUGGCUAUCGCUGAGGUGGUGGUGUACAGUGGCUAUGUUAGAAAGGUGCAGGAGGCGAAGAUGGCGGAGAAGAAGAAACCGGAGAUCAAGGAGAUUGUUGCGAGCUGGGUGCUGGAUAAGAGCAAGGGUGGGGAUGAAGCUGUCUUGUCUACAUCCAAGGAGAAGGUGGACGACGGGGUGAGGUACAGGAAGGGCAAACAUCGCUGA